UUGGUGGGUUUCUUUCCGCGUAGUGUCGGGUCACUACGAAACCCUACACAUACUCUGUUCCAGAAGGAUACUCUGAAUUUUGCUAGUGCUUGUGUUAUCAUCAUAUAGGGUUUUUUUUUUAGAAAUUAUUUGCUAGUUAAUGAUGUUGUUUGUGAAAGUGUAUAUUAAUACUAUUGUACAGUUUUUUGGACUGAUUUUUCAAGGUUUCUACAAUGCCUCGACUUAUGCGUUCCAUAAGGAAGAAAAAGCUUAAACAAAUAUAACUAGUUAUUUCAAUGGUUAUUAUUAUUUUGAUGAUGUAUUGGAUGUGGCAUAUGAUGUGUGUUGUUACAAUAAGGGGUGUUCAAUUAAAAGAAAGGAAAAGAAACAAAAAUUUGUUACGAAUGUUAGUAUUGAGAGGGCUUUAUAGGGAGAGUGAUGUGACAUGCAAGAGUGAGCUUCGCGUUAAUAGAAAAACUUUCAAUAUUAUUUGUGAGAUGCUUAGAGACAUUAGGGGUUUGAGUGGAACAAAAAACAUGUCGCUUCAAGAGAUAGUAGCCAUGUUUUUAUACACGUUGGCUCACCAUAAGAAGAAUAGGUCUAUUGGAUAAUACUUCUUUAGAAUUGGAGAAACCGUGAGCCGACAAUUUCACCGUUGUCUAAGGGCUUUUCUCAAGUUGCAUGAAGUACUACUUUACAAUCCCACACCAAUAUCGGAUGAUUGUGAAGAUGAAAGGUGGAAAUCUUUCAAGGUAUUGAUUUUUUCUAAGCCCCUAAAUUUUGCUAGGAUUUUCUUAUUUUUGCUUGUUUGUAAGUAAUAUUUUUCCUAUUUUUGUAGAAUUGUUUAGGGGAAUUAGAUGGGACUUACAUUAAUGUAAAUGUGCCUUCAUAAGAACGACCAAAGUAUAGAACAAGAAAAGGAACAAUUGCUAUGAAUGUAUUGGGUGUUUGUGCACCCAAUAUGCAAUUUAUUUAUGUUCUUCCUGGUUGGGAAGGUUCGGCCAAUGAUAUGCGUGUACUUCGCAAUGCUCUCUCUAGACCAAACGGUUUUAGGGUACCUCGAGGUAAUUAUUAUUUGGUUGAUGCGGGAUAUACGAAUUGUGAGGGCUUUCUUGCUCCAUAUAGAGGUCAAAGAUACCAUUUAAAGGAAUGGACGGAUCAACAACCCGAUAGUGCCGAGGAGUUUUAUAACAUGAAACAUGCUAGGGCGCGGAAUGUGAUUGAGAGAUGUUUCGGCCUACUUAAAGGAAGAUGGAGUAUUCUUAGAAGUCCUUCAUUUUUCCCAAUAAGAACUCACGGACGUAUCGUAAUGGCUUGUUGCUUAUUGCAUAAUCUAAUUAGAAAAUUCAUGCCUACGGAUGACAUAAACGAAGAUGAAUUGAAUGAAUCCGAUGAUGAUUCCGAAAGUGAUUUCAAUGAUGAAAGGGAAUUUAUUACAAGUGUUGCUACUUCGGAUCAUUGGACCAAUUUUAGAAACGAAUUAGCCCAAGAUAUGUUUAAUGAUUGGAGGGCGAGAGGUAGACAUGGUCAAUAGCACAAAAUUUAUGAUUUUCUUUUUUUUUUUUUUUUCCUUCGAGUACAUUCUGUUAUGUUCAUUCUCUUUAGCCUUGUAAUCUAUUUUGUUCAUUUCUAACUAACAUGCCUUCUAAUCUUUUCAAUUUUAGUUAUGUCUAAUAUGCCUUGUAAUCUGUUAUGUCAGUUAUAUUAUAAUCUGCCUUGUAAUUUGUUCUAUUAAGUUUUAUUAUGCCUUUUAAUCUACAAUUUUUUCACAUGGAGGCUAGUCAAGCUAAGGGUUAGGCAAGCAAUCGAGGAAGAGGUAAAAAUAAAAGGUAUUGGACAUAUGAAGAAGAUGCGGUUCUAAUAAGAUAUUUGCAUGAGUUGAGUUGCGAUCCGAAGUGGAAGUGUGAGAAUGGGUUUAAGAAUGGUUACAUGAAUAAGUUUGAAGAGAUGAUCAAUGGUGUACUUCCUAAUUGUGGCUUGAGAGCGGUUCCCACAUUGAGUCGAGGAUCAAGCAUUGGUCGGAGAAAUAUAGUGCAUUUGCAGAAAUGCUAUCCACCUCAGGAUUUGGAUGGGAUGCUGAAAAGAAAUUGUUGCAAGUAGACAAGGCCAUGUACGAUGAAUGGGUGAAGGUACGAACUGCUAUUCAUUCCUCUUUGUUCAUUUUUUUCUUCUUCUGAAGAUUGUAAUGCUAUA